AUGAUGGUCGGAGACGACGAGGAGAGUGACUACGAGGAGUGUGCCUUCGCGUUCUUCUCUCCGGUGGAGAUGCCGGGAGAACCAGCAACUCUCAAGGAGGCUUUGGAGAGUAGUGAUGCUGAGGAGUGGAAGAAGGCCAUGGAGAGUGAGCUGAAGAGCAUUGAGGAGAAUGACACGUUUGAAUUGGUGGAGCUACCGGAGGGGCGUACGGCGAUAACGUCCAAGUGGCUCUUCAAAAUAAAGUCGGAUGCCGACGGCAAGAUCGAGCGCUACAAGUCUAGGCUUGUAGCCAAGGGGUACCAGCAGAAGGAGAAGGUGGACUUCAAGGAGCUGUUUGCCCCUGUGGUGAAGCCGACGACGCUGCGAACCCUAUUCGCGGGGAGCCGCCAUCAAAGGAUGGGCACAUUCAAGCCUAUUGUGACUAUAACAGGUUGGAGGUGGUGGGGGUGGUCGUGGGGGGUGGAGGCGGUGGAGGUGGUGGUGGGGGCGGCGGAGGCACUGGGAGCGGUGGAGGGGGCAGCAGCGGCGGUGGGGGAGGAGGGAAGCGGUGGUGGGGCGUGGGUGGUCAGGGCCCAGCAGCAGCCGCCCCAACAGCAACAGCAGCAGCAGCAGCAGCAUCAGCGUCAGUUUCCAGACCCCCACUUCCCAGCAACUUCUUGA